GGUAGCUAAAAAUGAUGUUUUGUGAAGCUAAAAGUUUUACAAACUUUGCUCUGAAACACGGGCUCAUGUGCUUGCUAAUAAUGUUAUUGUGUCCAUAGUGUUGCUCUCGUCUAAUGCAGCAGCUGGGCUCAUUUCUGUUUUAGUUCAUUUCAAUUUCUGGCAAAUGAUUUUUAAUUUAUAUUAUCACUCUUUAAAUGCUUCUUUUUCACCAUAAUCCAUGAACUGAGGUGAAAAAAAAUUGACUGUGUAUGCAUGAAUCACCUCUUGGUGUCUAAAAAAGCCCAGAGAGGAAACCCUGUUCUUGUGCAGUCUAUACUUAAAGGGAAGUGAGGACUUACUUGUACAGCAAUUUGUCUUUCUUUUCAUGCAGACACCACAGUCAGCACAUACACUCGCAGCAUGAACCACUCAGCUGAGCUGUCUACUUCAGAGAAAAUGGCCCCUGAGGAGUUUGAUGGUGGGACAGCUGUGGCUUGUGUGAUCUUGGGUCUAUCCUUCCUGGUUGGAGCUCCGGGGAACCUGCUGGUGAUCUGGACUAUCCUGAGACAUGUUAAGCAGCGCUCCCACACUGUGAUCCUCAUCCUGCACCUGGCUGCUGCAGACCUGCUCGUCCUCAUCACCCUGCCUCUGUGGAUCUACUCCCUCGCCCACUCCUGGGUGUUUGGUGAGGCCUCCUGCAAAGCCAUGGUGUUCAUGAUCAACGUCUGUAUGUAUAGCAGCGUGUUCCUCAUCACCCUCAUGAGCGUGGAGCGUUUUGUGGCCGUGCGUUAUCCCUUCGCCUCAUUAGACUGGAAGAGAAAACAAGCUCUGAAUAAAGUGCUGCUCGCUCUGUGGACGGCAGCUUUCUUGUUCAGCAUACCUGUCAUCCCAACUCAGGUUGUUGGGCAGGAUUCUGAUGGGGAGCACUGUCUGUACCGCCUGUACACCUCAGUGGCCCAGGAGCUGGUGUGUGUGCUGCUGGAGACACUGGUGGGCUACGUAAUACCCUUCUCCAUCCUCGUGGUCUGCUAUGGCUGUCUGUGCAGCCGGAUUACUCAGAUGACCUUCAAGUCCAAACGCAAGUCCACCGUCUUGAUUGCCAGUAUAGUGGUUGCGUUUGGCAUUUGUUGGACACCCUACCACAUAGGAAAUAUCCUUUCGCUCAUCGUCCUGGCCAUUGAGAACUCCUUUCAUGAUGCAGCACAGAGUCUGGAAAGUGUCAGAAGCACCAUGGCUUUCAUCGCUGGAGCCAUGGUCUUUAUCAGCAGCACGGUUAACCCUAUUCUCUACAUGUUUGCGGCUCGCUCCUUCAGGAGCUCCCUGCGAGACACCGGCAUUCAAAAGCUUUUCCGCCACAUCUCCAGCACCUCUCCAGGUGAGGGAAACAGAGAGAUGUCUUUUGUGUCCAAGAGACAGAGCAACCAGACCAACAGCUCCCUUUGCGCGUCUGAACCAAAAGACCAAAUGAACAUACUAAUAAAAAUGUGUGAAAACAAUCCAUCCUGACAUUGAAAUUGUUCGGGCUCCUGUCUGCACUCUGUGUGUCAGUGUAGAUCUCUCUUUGUAUGUCGUAUUCAUUUUCGAAAUGAAAGAAAUUUUGCCUGAAAUGAAGCUAAUUUUGUAUGAAAUUACAGACAAACAAGAUAUCUGAGUACAGCUGUGCAAUGCUUGUCCAACUUUGUAAAUUACCCAUUUUACCUGUUUUUUAAAUUGUGAAUAUAUAUUUAUAAAAUGUUAUAUAUUAUGUAUGUUUUGCCUUUUUCUUUCUGUUCUUUACAGUUUAUGCCAUUUAACAUUCAAAAAUAAAACAAUAAGUAAUUAGAUAUGAAAAAGACUCAGUGUGAAGUUUAUGUAAAAAUACAGUGUAAAUGUUUUGUUUUCUUUUGUUGUUGCUGUUUUUUCUGUUUGUUUGUUUUUUUUUUAAUACCAACAAUGAGAAAUUGUAUUGAUUAUGCUAUUGAUUCUGAACUUUUUAAAAAUUUGUCUGUGGGAACACCAUUAAACAGAGGACAAUAGGUUUGCUGUUCUGUAA